AUGUCUGACCCCACCAUGAACAGCCCUGACGGCCAUGGCUCGCACAAGCGAAAGCGGGAUGGCUCGGAGGAUCUGGGGCCUGACCCCCAGCGUCUCAACCGCUCUUCCCACGGCAGCAAUGGCAGCAUUCCCGGAGCUGAUAACCAGCCCAACUUCGGCCAUAGCUCGCUCGCAAACUAUGAACACGGUCUCCCUAACGCCGGCUCUGAGCUCAACAUCGACCAACAGAUUCUGCAACAUGUUGUAUCCACCCCCCCGGAUGCUGCUUUCGACGCGAACAACCUCACGCAAGGGUUGUCGUUUGGGGAUGAUAUGAAUCAGACGCCCAUCGGCGGCGCUCACAGUCACAACUCCACGGCCGCGGCGGUUUAUGCGGCCCGUGAGGCCCAGAGCAUGAACCAGAAGCCCUCGGUCGGGUCGCCGGAGUGGCAUCAGAUCCGCAAGAACAACCACAAAGAGGUUGAACGUCGACGCCGUGAAGCAAUCAACGAGGGCAUCAACCAGAUUGCUCGAAUUGUGCCGAAUUGCGAUAAGAACAAGGGGGCGAUCCUUCAGCGUGCCAUUGAGUACAUUUGCCACCUCCAGGAGGAGAAGAAGAACACCGACGAGCGGUUCGAGCAACAUAGCCUGACGACCACCCACGCUAUCUCUGAAAUCAGUACCUCAAACGCCAAAUUGAAGGCCGAGAUCAGCCGACGCAAUCACAUUGCCCUGAAGUGGCUUCAGCGUUGUCGCGAUGCCGGUCUCGAGUUCGACGACUUCGAAGAAGCCAGGGAGCUUGAGACUUUCGAUCUGGAGUAA